AUGAACGCCAGGAGCGUGAUCAUUGACAAUGCAGACACUCAAAUACAGUACUCCUCUAGUUGGCAAGUAAAUGGUUCACCCAACGAGUACAAGGGCACAACCAGCAAUACCGCGAGAAAAGGCGAAUCCUUCACAAUCAAGUUCGUGGGCACCUCGGUUGCAGUUUACGGAACAGUGGCCGCAGGGACGCCUCCCAACUCGACGUACACGCUAGACGGGGGAGAUCUAUUCCCCUUCUUCGCUCAGCGUAGCACAUCGAUACGAUAUCAACAAGUAUUUUACUCCAGUCCCGCUUUGCCAUUCAUGGAGCAUACCCUCGUUGGAACCUGCGAGAACGAGAACGAGGGCGGCGAAGUAGUUCUGGAUUACUUCGUGAUCAAGACUCCCCUCGAUUUCACGACAAACACCAGCUCGACACCUUCGAUAUGUGAUUCGAAACCAGCCCCACCUACCACUAUCAUCGUUGGUAGCGUUCUUGGAAGUUUCACACUAUUGGCGACAAUAUUUGCGUCCUAUCUUUGGCACCGUGGUCGCAACCCGAAGCUAAUGGACGUCAGUACCAAAUCGAAUACCACAUAUAAACCUCCACUUCAUGCCGCCAAUUCGAGACCCCCGAUAUUCACCCCAAACAGAAGUCCACGAACUUCAACGGCAGCGCUGUCAGCUAUCAAUACGAGAAACUCCUCAAGCAGUCAAAGUAGUCAAGACGUCCUUUUGUUCCGCCUUGAACCAGGACAAACCGAACCGCAGUGGCACAACUACAAGGAUCGCCCCCGUCUCUGGUUGAACACCGGAAUUUGA